AUGAUCACUUUUCAGAUGAAUUCGGAACAAACUGCUACACCACCAUCAGUUUCAUGGGCACAAAGAAAUUCUUGCGUGCUUUUGACAUUUAACGUUGAAUGUGAAAAACCCGAAAUUAAAUUUGACAGUCGAAAAGUUUAUUUCAAAGGUAUAUGUUCCCCAGAUCAGAAGUUACACGAAAUCGAAAUACCUCUUUAUGCCGAAAUAGAUCCAGAAAAAAGUAAAUAUCUUAACAAAGGUCGUUUUAUUGACGUAGCUCUUGUAAAAUUGAAGACUGAUGAUCCAUUCUGGCCCACUCUCACUGGUGACAAGAAAAAGCAUCAUUGGCUCAAAGUGGACUUUGAGCGUUGGCAAGAUGAGGAUGAAAGUGGGGAUGAUUAUGACAUGAAUGACAUGUUUUCAGACAAAAUACGGGACUUUGAUGAUGAGAAUGAAAAGGAUGAAUCUAGCUCAGAGGGAGAAGAUUUUUUACCUGAUACACAAUAA